AUAACCUCUUUAUAAAACAAAUUUCCUGGGUUAAAAGGUUUUACCUCAGCAAUAAGGAGAAAUAAGUUUUUAUGUAAUAAAAUCAAUAGCUAUAACAAAGUGUGGCUAAGAAUUAGUUAUAAAAUGAUACGAAGACAAACAUUACUAUUUACACAAAUCCAGCGCGUGCUCACUAAACGUAGUAUUACGUAUAAAAAUCUGCUUGCUCUCAAAGGACGAGGUUUCUUUCAAGACAUCUUUCCAGAUAAUGCAAAUGAACAGAUGAAAACACUCUUCAAAAGCGGGCCGCAAACCAUUUAUGCCGGCUUCGAUCCAACAGCAGAUAGCUUACAUGUAGGCAACUUAUUAGUGAUAAUGGGUUUAAUACAUUGUCAGCGUGCUGGACAUAAUCCUAUUGCACUGGUUGGCGGUGCUACCGGAUUGAUUGGUGAUCCCAGUGGGCGUAAAACAGAACGUAAUCAAAUGGGUGAAAGUGAACUCGAAGCGAAUUUGAAAGGUAUACAAAGUCAAUUGGAGCGUAUAUUCCAAAAUCAUCAGGAUUGUCUCUGGGAUGAUAGUAAAUUUAAGCAAGAGCUACCGCAAUUACGUGUUGUAAAUAACGCCGAAUGGUAUGCGAACAUAAAUCUCAUUGAUUUUAUCGCCAACAUGGGAAGGCACUUUCGUAUGGGGGCCAUGCUGUCGCGUUCAUCUGUGCAAACACGCAUGGAAGCAGAAUCCGGCAUGAGUUUCACUGAAUUCACAUACCAAAUUUUCCAAGCUUAUGAUUGGUUGCAUUUAUAUCGCGCCUACGAUUGUCGUUUCCAAAUGGGCGGAUCCGAUCAGAUGGGUAACUUGAUGUCGGGACAUGAGCUGAUAAGUCGUGUUGUUAAGAAGCCAGUAUAUGGCAUGACAUUACCGUUGGUCACAAAUGAAGAAGGCAAUAAAUUCGGCAAAUCGGCAGGAAAUGCCGUCUGGCUGGAUGGAGAUAAAACUUCGGCAUUCGCAUUGUAUCAAUUUUUUGUGCGAACAGCAGAUUCUGAAGUUGAGAAGUUAUUAAAAUUAUUUACAUUUAUACCGCUGCUGGACGUGGAACAGUUGAUGCGCGAGCAUCAGAGGGAGCCGGAAAAGCGAAAAGCACAAACAAUACUAGCCGAAGAUGUAACCUUGUUGGUGCAUGGAGAAAAGGGACUUAAACAAGCGGAACGCGUUACUGAUGCACUUUACAAGGGUAAUGUCGAGGCGCUGGGCGAGCUUAAUUAUGAGGAAGUGAAACAAACAUUUGUUGGCGCAGCAGUAGUGGAAAUACUAGCUGAACCUGGCAUGUCCAUGCUACAAUUAGCCAUGAAAGCUAAAUGCUUUAAUAACGAAAGCGAUGCAACACGUAUUAUUUCCGCUGGCGGCUUUUACAUUAAUCAAAAGCGCGUACAAAACAUUGCGGAAAUAAUUACGCACGGCAUACAUGUGCUGAAAAAUGGGCUAUCAUUACUGCGUGUGGGGAAGAAAAAUUUCUACAUUGUACGUUGGCUUAAAUAGAGGCAGC